CGGAAAUGACGUCACGUAGCCGAAAAUCCGGUCGCUUCGGAGGACGCAGCCUGUGAAUUUGGACACAGCAAGUGUCGUGAGGACAGGUCACAUUGGUAGAGUUUUGUAAUCUUAUGAGCGUUCUACAUUAAUGGAAGCAACAAAAACAGCAGAAGCCAAUGUAUUUUUUUUUUUUUGGCCUGUUUCAGAGGAGAUCCACUUAAGACAUGUGGAGACAGAUGUGCUCAUUCCCAAAAUGAUGAGGGAGAAAGCCAAGGAGCGCUGCGCUGACAGAGUUGAAGCUUUCAACCACUGUUGCAAAGAUUCCGGCUUCUUCAUGGUGUUCAAGUGUCGAGAGGAGAACGCUGCCUUGAAAGACUGUCUGACACGCCACUACGAAGACCCUGACUUUUUUCAGACGUGUAAGCAGGAAUACAUCCAGGAGAAAAUGGAGUUUGAGCGGACGGGGAUCCCUGCAAAGAACAGACGGCAAAAGCUCCCAACAAGCAUGUAACCGUGACGACACGUUUGCCCCUAACCCCCACCACCACCACCACGUUUCCAACUUACAUAGAAAAAACAUAACUACUGAGAUUUGAUUGUCUUGUAAUUAAAUUUCUCAAAAUGUUCAGAUUUAUUCUUAUGUUAUUGUUCAAAGCGAAAGUAAGUUGAAAUGACUAGUAGGGGCGGCAGCGCAUGUUCGCGGUCGAAGGGAGAAGACGACGACAAGAGGAACCGAGAAGAAGAAUGCCACGAUGAUGAGCGACGGUUCAGAACAACGGAAUGACAAGCUUGCAAAUGGGGCAGAGCAAACCAAUCAUAGUUCACUGUCAAUCAAAGAGGAGACCAAUCAUUCCAUACUCCUCAUUAAAAUGUGAUUCAUUUGAUGAUUUCAUUUCAAAUAGCCGGACAGCACUAGUUUAUAGCGACAGAGAACAUACGGUCCAAUUGACAAAGAAUUUCUCGCGACAGGACUUGCGUGGGGCGCUCGCAUGGCAUAUGUGAAAAAGCAAAUAUUAGAAAGCGGAGAAUACAGGAGAAGGGUAUAAAGACCCCAUUGGUUGUCACUUGAGGGCUCUGGCCCACAUCAUUAGAAGCUUUAUAAAAGUAUAGCAGAAAAAGUGGCAGCAGCCCACCAAAAGAAUUGCUCGCCGAGGAAAGAAAAUUACUUUUCCCCUCUGCCCCCUUCAGCAAGAUGAGGCAGCAUUAGUGAAGGAGGUCUUCUUCACCAGGCAGGCAGGCAGGCAGGCAGGCAGGCAUCCGAGGACUUUUGUGGCGGUCGUGAAAAAGCACAGCGUUGCACUCUUCUUGUUUCUCCCAUUCAUUAAGCCAGCAGACCUUUGACCAUGCGACAAUGACGCAGCUUUCGCCCCUCGUUUGAUGCUCCGUCCUGAUGAAGAGGAUGAAGAGGGAAUUUUGAAUAGGAAGGAGUUGCGUAUAGAAGCCAAAGAGAACAUCUUGUCUUUUCAAGUUUCCCUUCCCCCAGCUUUUUCUCCCAAAUCUCAUCCUCUCUCGGCGUCUGCUCGCAUGAUUGUCUGAGUGCAGUUAAUUAUCCAAAAGGAAAAGUUUGUACCUGUUGAAAAGCUAUCCUUGGCUCGUUAAUGCCGACAAAAAAGCAUCCGUAUAGCGGACACCACAUGCUGUGGGAGCCUUUCAGAUAUGGCUCUAAUAAGAAUGCAGCGAGCUGAAAGCUCUUCUAAAGGCGCACGAGCGAGAAAAAGCUCCGUAUGAGGGAGGAAAGAAAAGAAGGGGAGGAAGACAUUUUUUACCUUCCCUUCUAUAAUUACUACAAAUGAAUAAAAGGCCGAAGAAAUGGACAUAAAGACUUUCCAUCAUGACGAAAAAAAACGACGAGUGAAGGAAAAGCACAAGAUCGUCAUUUCCAUUUACUGGAUAAAAAGAGAUUUUCUUUUUUUUUUUUACAACAUCAUGGCAGUAAUAAGGCAUUUGUGUGUGGCCAUACUUGUGUACAAUGACAUUUGUGUGUUUCAAAUGUACAAAAGCACCGUUCAAGAGAA